AUGGCGGGCGGCAUCGUUAACGCCCAGCCCUCCUCCUGGCUCGCCACCGUGGCGGCCAGUGCCGCCGCCAGCCCGGGCAUCCUCCGCCGCGCGCACGCCGCCCUCCUCACCUCUGGACACCUCUCCUCCCGCACCUCCGUCAACUCUCUCCUCCGCGCCUCUUCCAUCCCCACCGCCUGCGCCCUUCUCCUCCGCUUCCUCCUCCUCCACCGCCUCCCGCCCGACCACCUCUCCCUCUCCUUCUCCCUCCACUCCUGCGCCCGCUCCCCCAGCCUCCCCAUCGCCACCCUCCUCCACUCGCUCGCCGUCAGGCUUGGCCACGACCGCGACGUCUACGUCCUCAACGCCGCCGUCUCCGCCUACUUCCGGGCCGCCGACGUCGCCUCCGCCGAGCGUCUCUUCUCCGAUUCAAAGAAUGUCGCCGACGUCGUCACCUGGACCACCAUGGUCACCGGCCAUGCCAACGCCGGCGACGUGGAGCGCGCGCGGUGGUUCUUCGACGCCAUGCCCGAGAAGAACGUGGUCUCCUGGAACGCCAUGCUGGGCGCCUACGCCGGCGCCGGGAAGCUCUCCAGGGCGCGCAAGCUGUUCGACGCAAUGCCCGCCCGGAACGCCGCCUCGUGGAGCUCCAUGGUCACCGGCCUCGUGCAGGCCGACCACUGCGAGGAGGCCCUGAGGGUGUUCGGCGAAAUGGUUGGGCAGGGCGUCGCGCCGAACGAGUCCGCGCUAGUGAGUGCCGUCACCGCGUGCGGGCGGCUGCGAUCGGUGGAGCACGGCGCGUGGGCGCACGCGUGCGCCGAGCGGGAGCUGCGCGGGAAGGCGAUGAGCGUCAUCCUCGCGACGGCGAUCGUUGACAUGUACGGUAAAUGUGGGAGUAUCCACAACGCCGUCAGGGUGUUCACCGCAAUGCCAGUGAAGAACAUAUAUUCCUGGAACUCGAUGAUCACCGGCCUCGCCAUGAACGGCGGCGAGAGGCAGGCCCUUUCGCUAUUCUGGAAGAUGCAGAUGGCUGGUGUUCGGCCGAACGACAUAACCUUCAUCGGGCUGCUGGGCGCCUGUAGCCACUCGGGUCUCGUCGACGAGGGCCGCUGGCUGUUCAAUAGGAUGGUCAAUGGCUUUGGAAUCGAGCCUGUCCAGGAGCACUAUGGCCUGAUGGUCGAUUUGCUCGGGCGUGCGGGUUAUGUUAGGGAGGCGGUGGAUUUUGUCAGCAGCAUGCCGGUUGAGCCGCACCCAGGCUUGUGGGGCGCGCUUGCUGGCGCCUGCAAGACCCAUGGCGAGGUGGAGCUUGGCGAGGAGAUUGCCAAGAAGCUCAUUGAGAUGGAGCCUCGUCAUGGCAGCCGGUACAUCCUCCUGUCAAAUAUAUACGGAGCAUCAAACAGAUGGGAUGACAUGGCCACUGUGCGCAGUGUCCUCAAGGAGCGCAAGGUCCCCAAGGGUACUGGCAAUGCCGUGGUUGGAAAUGAUGCCCAGUCUUUGAUGAAAUCCAUGCUCGAUUAGUAUUCCUUUAGAGAGUGAUAUCUCAGGAGCUACACAUCAAGGUCAGCAUGAUGCUGAUCACCCUACGUUCACCUUGGAGACAUCCUUGUACUGGAACAAGACUCCAAAGGGGAGAAAUGUUUGAUUUAUUUGUUAUAUGCCCCCGUCAA